GCUCCUUCCCCUCCCUCUGGAAGGCUGAGCAGAGGUGCCUGGUUGCUCGGGCCAUGGGCACUGCACCUGUUAUUGCUGCCUCUGAUUCGUGUGGGGGCGAGAAGCCUGCAGGCCAGUCCCUCUGACUGGGUGGACCCUCUCUGCAUGCACUUGGGGUGUGAGCCCGCUCUGAGAAGGGUUCAGAAGCCACUGGAGGCAUCCGGGGACCUCAGCAUCCAUGCCGUCGCUGUCCCAUUCCCAAAGGGUGAUGUUGGACUCAGUGACACACAGCACCUUCCUGCCCAACGCGUCCUUCUGCGACCCCCUGAUGUCGUGGACCGAUCUGUUCGGCAAUGAGGAGUAUUACCCCACCUUUGAGCAUCAGACAGCCUGCGACGCUUACUGGACAUCAGUCCACCCCGAAUACUGGACUAAGCGCCACGUCUGGGAGUGGCUGCAGUUCUGCUGUGAUCAGUACAAGCUGGAUGCCAACUGCAUAUCCUUCUGCCACUUCAACGUCAGCGGCCUGCAGCUGUGCAGCAUGACACAGGAGGAGUUCGUGGAGGCGGCCGGCAUCUGCGGGGAGUACCUGUACUUCAUCCUCCAGAACAUCCGCACACAAGGUUACUCCUUUUUUAAUGAUGCUGAAGAGACCAAGGCCACCAUCAAAGACUAUGCCGACUCCAACUGCUUGAAAACAACUGGCAUCAAAAGUCAAGACUGUCACAGUCACAGUCGAACAAGCCUCCAAAGUUCUCAUCUAUGGGAAUUUGUGCGAGACCUGCUUCUAUCUCCCGAGGAAAACUGCGGCAUUCUGGAAUGGGAAGAUAGGGAACAAGGUAUUUUUCGGGUGGUUAAAUCAGAAGCCCUGGCCAAGAUGUGGGGACAAAGGAAGAAAAACGACAGAAUGACGUACGAAAAGCUGAGCAGAGCCCUGAGAUACUACUAUAAAACGGGAAUUUUGGAACGGGUCGACCGAAGAUUAGUGUACAAAUUUGGCAAAAAUGCACAUGGGUGGCAGGAAGACAAGCUAUGAUCGACUCUAGGCAUCAAGCUCAUUUUAUGGAUUUCUGUUCUUUUAAAACAAUCAGAUUGCAAUAGACAUUUGAAGGUCGUCUUUUUUAAAAAAAAAAACAAACCUGCAAACAUGCUGAUAACAUUUCUCCACAUCUCAGCUUCCGUUUGGAUUCAGAGUUGUUAUCUACUUGGGGUGCUGGCAGCAACCCUUAAGAAAUCCUUUUUCGCCCCUAAGGGGAGGAGGAGAUGAUGCUUUAUGGGACCUCGAUCAAACAUUAUUUCCCUGACCCAGAGUUGCAGAACCACAAUAGCCAAUGCCAUUGGUGCUGAUCAGAGAUAACCGAUUCAAUUCUGCCAUUAGAGACACAUCAAAUACUUCUAUUCCAAACGUUCCAAAGUUUUCAAAGGUUAACUGUGGCAGCUCACAAAGGGGGAAAAAAACGUGAUUAGUUUUAUAGUUUAUAGUAGAAGGUGGGAUGUAAGACAUAUAUACUUUAGAUUUUAAAUCAUUCAAGUCAAAUUCCAUAGAAAAGUUUCUUAAUUAAUAAAAGAGCUAAGCCAUCAAGCUGGGAUCUAAUUGGAUUUAUUACAGGUUAAUAGUAAGUUUCUUAAGCAGAGCAUCUUUUUGACCAUUUAGCAAAACUCCCAUGGCCGUCCUUCUGGAACUAAACAUGUAAAGUCAGCCACACUAUUAAUUGUUGCUCAGUCUAUUUCCCCUCUUCUCCUGACUGAUGGUUGGCAUCAGAUAUGCCACGAGUGUCAACACAUGCAUCAAUUUCCAAAUCACUGCUGUUUCUAUGAUUCAAACUGUCAACAGGAUGAAAUCAGAAUUCAUUGAUUCCGUCUGUGGUCAAGAUGUUAAACCUUUAUAGAACUGGCAAUGUCCCAGCAACUCUGUAAUGGCCAAUUAAAUUGUGAGUCUCUUUUGUCUUCCUACCUGAUGUGUACUCAGAUUGCUAAAACACAUAUUUCCUUGACAAAAAUAGUGACAGUGAAUUUACACCAGUAAAUGUUCACGGGUUCAAGUCUGCACUGACAUUUUUUCAUCAGUCACUGGUAUGUGAGUCAUUAGUGACCACAGCUAGGUGGACUGCCCCCAGGACUUCUAUUCUACCACUGCAGGAAUCGUCACGAGAUGAGGCACUGAACCGCUAUACAGGCUGAAGGCCUCACACCUAGAGCUUAACUUCAGAGCAACUUGUUUUUAAAAAUGUGAAUUACUGUAGAAUAAUCUAUUUUUGGACUCAUGUGUUUUCCAGGUGGAUAUAGUUUGUAAACAAUGUGAAUAAAAUAUUUAACAUGUUCAA